CUUCGUGAAAGGGGAAAUGCCCGUUCAUUCAGGGCAAGCGCUACAAAGACUUGUUCCCGCCCAGAAGGAGCGAUCCCUCAAGGACAAAGUCAUCAUCGUAUCCGGCGCAGGGAGAGGUCUCGGCCUCGUACAAAGCGAGGCCCUCCUGGAAGCCGGUGCCAAGGUCUAUGCCAUCGACCGCCUCGAGAAGCCGGACCCGGACUUCGCCAGGGUGCAGGCGCGCGCCGAGGAGCUUGGCACGAGCCUUACGUUCCAGCGUCUCGACGUCCGGGACAACAUAUCGCUCAACGCCACGGUCCAGAAGAUUGCUGACGACAAUGGCCGCAUCGACGGGCUGCUGGCAUGCGCGGGUAUCCAGCAGGAGACGUCCGCCCUGGAGUACACGAUGGAGGAUGCUGAUAAGAUGUUUGGUGUUAACAUCACCGGUGUCUUCAUGACUGCACAAGCUGUGGCUAGGCAGAUGCGAAGGCUGGACCGGCCCGGCAGUAUGGUGCUCAUUGCGAGUAUGAGCGGCCAUGUUGCGAACAAAGGGCUCAUCUGCCCUGCAUACAAUGCAUCCAAGGCCGGUGUGCUCCAGCUGGGAAGAAACCUAGCUGCAGAAUGGGGAUUGCACGGUAUUCGCGUGAAUACCAUAUCGCCAGGUUAUAUUGUCACUGCAAUGACAGCCCCUCUCUUUAAGCAAUAUCCUGACCGGAAAGAGAAUUGGCCCAAGCAGAACAUGCUGGGAAGGCUGAGUUACCCUGAAGAGUACCGGGGUGCAGCUGUUUUUCUCUUGAGCGAUGCCUCGAGCUUUAUGACGGGAUCUGACUUGCGGAUGGAUGGAGGGCACUGCGCCUGGUGAUUUGUGUUGCUAUAUUCCUGUUUUGCUCGUUC